CUUCUUCUUCUCCCCCCCACCCCCAUCACCCCCGCCCCGGGCCUAAGGCGGGGGGGAGGAGCCUCAGGACCCCUCCCACUGCCAUCCUCCGGUUUGCGUGGUUUCCGAGACAAAGGAGAGUCCUUGUGUCUGGCCUCCUGCUGUCUUCUCUGCUGCCCUUGCCCCUGUCCCUGUCGUGUAGUAUGGGACAAGAACCUGACCAGCCCAGAAUGGAAACACUUUAGAACAAGGGAUGGUAGGGCAGAAAAGAACAGAAAAACAAAAAAGAAUGGCAGAGCCAGAUAGAGACCUUAGAAAAUGAGAUAGCAGAGUUAGAAGGGAUACAAUGGCAAGGCAGGAAGAGACCUUAGAACAGGAGAUGGCAAGACUGAAAGAGACUUUAGAAAUGGAAUAGCAAGACUGGAAGGGACAAAGUGUCAGAGCUGGAAGAGACCUUAGAAUAUGGGAUGACAAGUGUAAGAGACCUUAAAACAUGGGGUUUUAAAGUUGUAAGAAAUUUUAGAACAUGAUAUUUUGGGGCUGGAUGGUCUUUAGAACAUGUGAUGGCAGAACCGAAAGAAACUUUAGAACCUAGGAUGUUAGAGCCUAAAGGGCAUUAGAGCCUAGAAUGUCAGGAUAGGAUGGAAUCCUGGAACCCAGUAUGUUAGAGAUGAGAGGACCUUAGAACCUAAAAUGUCAGGGCUGGAAGUUGCCUUAAAACUUUGAAUGUCAUAGAUGGGAAGCACAUCUUAAUGAGGAAGGAAGAAAAGACUUUACUUAGAUCAUCUAACCUAAAUUCAUUUUACAGAGGUAAAAUGGACAUAAAGCAGAAGUGAUACAACUUUCCCAAACAGUCACCCAGAAAGUUGGUAGCAGAUUGAUGAUAUUGAGGGGAAAGUAUUCAGAAAAAAAACAUAUUUCCUGUAACUUCCUGUGGGAUAUAGAGUUUUUAGACCAAUAGAUGUGUAUGUGCAUUUUGUCUUUUGAUUUAGAACCAAGAUAGAAGUUGAAUCAGGUUAGUGUGUCUACCCUGUGCUGGCUCUGUUAACUUUUUUUCCUCUCUCUCACUGCCUUCUUGGAAAAGCUCCUCUCAAGAAUUAUUAUCAGAAAGACCAAGAUUUGUGACCCAACUUCUAGGUAGAGUAAGUUGAAUACUGAAAUAGAUGAUGACUACAACUCUUUGCCCUCCAGUGAAGGCUCCUUUGGAACUAAAGGGAAGCCUCAUGAUGAAGAUGGAAAAGGAUACUUCAUGGGCUUCUGAAUCCCCUCUUCAAGGGGAGGACUCUGAUUCUGAGACCUUGCGCAAGAGCUUUAGACAGUUCUGUUAUGAAGAUGUAUCUGGACCCCAUGAAGCUUUCAACAGAUUAUGGGAACUUUGCCGUCAGUGGCUGAAGCCAGAAGUGCGUUCCAAAGAGCAGAUCCUCGAAUUAUUGGUACUUGAGCAGUUCCUGGCCAUCUUGCCCAAGGAGAUUCAGGCCUGGGCAUGGAAGCAGUGUCCAGAGAGUGGUGAGGAAGCUGUAGCCCUAAUUGCAGAUUUGGAGGGAGAACCUGGAAGACUGAGGCAACAGGUUACAAAUCACGUGCACUUAGAGAAGACAGUAGCCCUUGGAGCAGCAUGGGAAGUACCACGCUUUCAAAUGGAGCAAGUAAAAGGACAGCCUAAGAUGGUAACACAGGAGAAGUCUGGGAACCUACGCUUAGGACUUCAGAGACAACUAAACCAUAAAGGGGACCCCCAAUGCUUACAAAAGAAUGCACUGCCUCCUCCAUGGAUUGCUGACCUUCCUGAAAAGAGGAACACUAAAGAUCAGGAAAUGAUGGCUAUACCAUUUCUUACUACUGGGUCCCAGGAACCUGUGAUAUGUUUGGGAAUGUCCAGAAAUCUCUCCCACAAGAAGUGGGGGCAUCUAAAUCCUGCUCACAAGAACUUCUGCAGGGGUAUCAUGAAAGAGAAUUAUAGGAACAUGGUUUCAUUGGGAAUACCAAUUUCUACUUCUAAGAAAGUAUCCCCGCUGGCUCAAAGGAAAAAACCAUGGGUUUUAGGACUCCAAGGCUCCAAUAAGAAAUAUAUCCUUCAAGGCAGCCAUUCAGAGGGAAAGCAAGGACCUAUCCAGGCCCUGGAAAAAAGGAAUGGAAAAACCUGGAGAGACCAACAGCCAUGGGGGGGCUUGGAAGAUGAAAAGAUUGCUGGGGUGCACUGGAGUUAUGAUGAAACUAAGACUUUCCUUGCAAUUCUCAGAGAGUCUCGGUUUUAUGAAACACUUCGGGCUUGUCCUCGAAAUAGCCAGGUGUAUGGAGCUGUGGCUGAGUGGUUGCGAGAGUGUGGCUUUCUCCGGACACCAGAACAAUGUAGGACCAAGUUCAAAAGUCUCCAAAAGAGCUACCGAAAAGUGAGAAAUGGCCACAUGCAGGAGCCCUGUGCCUUCUAUGAAGAGAUGGAUGCCCUGUUAAAUCCUGGACCCCAUGUCACAAUCACUGACAUUCCAAAUGAAACUAACUCUCCCUUAAGGCAGGGGAAUAUUACUCCCAAAGCUGAAGAAGAAGACAGCUGGGAACUGGAGGAAGCUGCAGAAGAAUCUGAUGGUGAAGAAAUGAGCCUUGAGUUCACCCAGAAGCCGAAGAUCACUAGAGCUCCAGCCUUGUUCCAAAACUUAAGUGUGACAUCAAUCAGAACCAAAAACAAAAGGACAGUAUGCGCCCAAAAUGCCAAAGGUGUUCACUGGGGCUAUGAGGAAACUAAGACUUUCCUUAACAUUCUUAGUGAGUCUCGGUUUUAUGAAGCCCUUCAAGCCUGUCAUCGAAAGAGCAAAGUCUAUGGGGCAGUGGCUGAGCAGCUUCAAGAAUAUGGCUUCCUUCGCACACCAGAACAGUGCCGGACCAAGUUCAAAAGCCUUCAAAAGAGCUACCGUAAAGUAAGGAAUGGCAGCAUGCUAGAAUCGUGUGCCUUCUAUGAGGAGUUGGAUGCACUGAUGAAUACCCAGGCUUCUGCCACCUCUACUGAUAUCCUGGAAGAAGUAAAGCUUCUGAGGCAAGGGGAAAAUGGUAUUGAGAUUGAACCCCAAGAACCAGGAGGCUGGGAACAUGAAAUGUCCUUACAAGCUGCUGUGGUGGAGGACUCUGACAACCAAAGAAUUAGCACCAAGGAACUAAUAGAGGACCAUGAGUCCCAAAGCCCUCAAACUUUGGGUCAAAGCCUGAGCGGUUUUGAGAUAAGUAAGAGGAAUAAGAAGGAUCCAACACAAAUUUAUGAGAAAAUGGAACUGCAUUCAACAUUACCAGGAAAGUCCAAAGGUGGUAUUCUCCAUAAUACUGAUCCAGGAAAAGACUACAAGAAGGGGUACACGUCUGAAAGGCAGUGGAGAAACUACCUCCCAGGAAAUAGAAAAGGAAAAUUCAUUACCCAGCAUAGAGAUUUAGUAAAGGUCAUAGGACAUCGGAGACCUUUCAUGGGACGGAGACCUUACAGAUUUUUCAAAUAUGGGAGGAGUUUUCUUCAGAGCUCACAUCUUAUGUGUCAGGCAGCUCAUCAGAAAGAAAACUCCUACAAAUGCAAUGUGUGUGGAAAGUGCUUUGGUAGAAGCAGGAGUCUUAUUAGACACCAAAGAAUCCACACAGGAGAGAAACCCUUUAAAUGUCUUGAGUGUGGGAAAAGCUUCAAUGACUCUUCAAACUUUGGCGCUCACCAGAGAAUUCAUACAGGAGAGAAACCCUAUAAAUGUAGUGUGUGUGAAAAAUGUUUCAGUCAAAGCUCAAGCCUUAUAAUACAUCAGAGAACCCACACAGGGGAAAAGCCUUAUCAGUGUAGUGAGUGUGGAAAAAGUUUUACCAAUAGCUCUCACUUUAGUGCCCAUCGUCGAAUACACUCAGGAGAGAAUCCCUAUAAAUGUGUGAAUUGUGAAAAAAGUUUCAGUAACUGUACCCAAUUUAGAGAACAUCAGAGAACUCACACAGGAGAAGAACCCUAUGAUUGUUCUCACUGUGGUAAAAGCUUCAGUAAAAGCUCUGCCCUUACUAAACAUCGAGGGGUCCACAUGAGAGAAAAGCUUCCAUCACAACUUAAAUCUGAUUAUACUCCAGAAAACUUAGGCAGGGCUGAUGAGUUUGGGAAAUUUUUUUGACAGAAGUCUCCUAUCAAAAAAAAAUUGUUUGCAGUCUUUUGUCUUCAUUUCAUAAAAUAACUGUCACAGUCCUAGAACCAAUUUUGUAUUUAUUAUAAAACAAAUCUUAAGAGAUCCAGGAAAUGUUGAUGUUCAGAUUGUAGGGGUUCUAUUCCUAUUUCUGCCUCUAACUUGCUGAAUGUUCCCCUGAUCCUAAUAUAUUACUUGUUUUUUUCUUUUAAUAAAGUAGAAAAGACAUGCUCUGAUUUCCAGAUGUAAAUCUGUUAUAUAUUUUAUGGCCAUUUCUAUUGGAUUUUGAUUCCAACAAUACUGUUAAAAGAUGUUUCUUCUAGGACCAGGGAAAUGCUGAAAGUCAUUACUUACAACCCCAAAUGAACUUGGACUUACAGAUAUACCAGAAUCGUGGGUCUGGAAGGGAUUUUCUAGGACCUCUGCCUAGAAUAUCCAAACUAUCCUAUAUAGAUGAUUAACUGUUCCUAGUUUUAAAGAGGUUGGAGAUGAUUACAGCUUCCCCCAGCAGCCUUUUGAAAUGUUUUGACAUUUUUCACUAUCAGGAAGUUGUUUCUUUGUGUCUAAGCCCCUUUGUAUUAUAUGUUGUAGACAUUGUUCCAGUCUUCUUCCCUUGGGAGAUGGAAAGAAACUGGUCAUGUUCCUUAUGUAAUACAUACUUGAAGAUUAAGUUCCAUUGGUCUUCUCAAGGAAAUAAUCUGUCUUUUUACCUCUUCUUAUAGGUCUUACUCUGUCUUUUAAAUUGUUACUAUUGUUUAAAACUUAUAAAUUCUCGUAUUCUUCUUGGACUAAAUAGAAUGCAUGCUUCCAAUGUUUAUCAUCAAAAAUAAAGUAGAAUUUCCUGUAUCUUA